UCUUAAACAUAAGGACUAAAAAGUCUGAGAACAGUAAUAUUUGACAAAUACGUGAAGGUACCCUUAAGCAAUCAUUUCUGAUUGAAUUAAAAAACACUAAUGUGAAAGAUACAUAGCGUUUUGGAAUGCAAUUUUUCACAUGUUUUCCCUCUGUCAGUCAAGUUUCAGUUUGAAAAGAUUUGAUUGCUAAUUGAUUAUAUGCUAUAUGUCCAUAUAAGGACAUCCUGGAUGCUGAUCAUCAGAAUUGUAGCUGUGACGUAGUGAUCUCUAUCUAGUGGGCUCUGUGAGGGUGUCAGCGUCUAGUGACAAUAUAAGAGGCCUGUGUUUGAUGUUGCAAGUCAGUCACAUUUGAACCUUCUUCACCCCGAGACAGUAUCAAGCCUGCUAUUACUACAACUACUACUACUGUAAAGCCAUGAAGACUCUUGCUCUCCUCUUCUCCUUUGCAUUUGUGCUGGUCUUCACUGCGCCCACUAAGACACCUGAUGAGAUUCAUCUACUGCAGAGGAUCAUGAAAGAGGCUAACAAGACGCUCAAGGAAGGCCCGGAGGCCCUUUUGAACCAUCUAGUGCCAGCGGAAUUCAAUCAAGAUCGCUGCAAGUUACACGGGCCUAAAGAUUUCUGCAUAGCGGAGACGAUUCUGUCUAACAUAAAAAAAACGCAGUACGGGACUUCAGACAACAACAUAGAGACAAUCAGCAGAGUGCUGGAGCAGUACAAUAAGCUUCACCCUUCCAACUGCUCUAUGAAGAAGAAUGGAGACGAGGAACAGCUCCGCGCUCUCCUGAUGAACCUCUACAACUGUGCCCAAGCCAUCUAUUCCCGUCCCCACUCUGUCACUCAUCACAAAACGACCCCAACACUUUGAGGGGACUGAGGGGAACUCUGUCGACCGUGCAUAGUCCAAUAACACAAAUUAUUAUUUAUUGAAUUGUAUUUAAAUGUACUAUGACAUUUAUUUUUGUACUAUUUAUGAAUAAAUUAACUCAUUGGUAAAAACUUAA